CCAUCACCUCCCUAAGCUAGUUGUAGUUUGCUUUGUCAGAGAAAUACUUUGCUGAUCAAAUGCCCGUAACUUGAAGCAAUGAAGCGAGCCUUGGGCACUGUGUCCCUUAGGUUGAAGAAAAGAAUUGACGGUGCACUUUAUUCACCCAACAGUUUUGACGAUGAUGACGAUUAUGAUGAUGGGGGUGUGGUGAUUCCUGCAAGUCAGACAACACCUUUGGCAGACAGAAGAGGCAUGGAUGCUAAGAAAGUCGUCGAUCCUGGAUACAGCCCAAGCUAUUCAAGUAUCAAUCCCCUUCCUUCUGAUGAAGCGACAAGCAGUUCAAAUUGUGCUCCUGCCAAUGCUGAGUCUCCACAAAGGAAAGACAGCAGAAGAAUUCAUGUUCGCAUCCUUUAUGUCUUGGUAGUCAUCUGCUUUGUGGUGUUGUCAGCGCUACUCUUCUUGGUCCUGGGGAAGUACUCCGGACUAUCAGAGGAGAUGCAAGCUCUGUACUUGAACCAAUCAGAGAUGCUGAUGAGAGUGAAGAAGGACCUGGAUUAUGUGCAGGCGACACAAAAGAUUAUGGAAAGAACCAUAAGCAACAACUUCAGUGAACUGCAGGAUGUCACAGAAUUCAUCUGUAGCAGCAGAAAUUACUCUCAUCCGUGCCCCAAGGACUGGAAGACUAAAGAGAAGAACUGCUAUUACAUUUCAGAAGAGGCGAAAAACUGGACCGAUGCUCUGUGGCAGUGCAUUUAUAAAAGAGCUUAUUUGGUCAGCAUUUGGUCUGAUGAUGAACAGGGUUUCCUGAGAGAUAACAUCCACCAUGCAGGCACAUACUGGCUGGGUGCAGCGUACAACGAAAAGGAGGGAAAGUGGAGGUGGAAAGAAGGCGAUUUGCUUAUAUCUACAGCUUUUUGGGAUAUAGGACAGCCACAGAUGGGUGCUGAAAAGGAAUGUGGCGUCAUGCACCCCAAUGGAACAUGGGCUUCCGCUGUAUGUUCCCUUCCCUACCGAUGGAUUUGCAAAAGGAGACUGUUCUGCUGAGACACCUGGUGGGACAAGUUGUGUUGCUUCCCUUCCCCUACUCCUACCCCUCCUCAUCCUGGAAUGCAUUGCAGCUCCCCAGCAGACUGAUGGAAGAUGAUAGCUUUUAUCACCAAGUGAUCCUAAGCUCCCUAAAGCAUUUUCAUGUGUGAUACAUAGUCUUGCAUUAGCUUAUUGCACAACAAAUGAAAGGAUUGUCUCUAAUAUGGAAUCUGAGUGCCAUACAGUGCUGCUCAUGUUCCCAGAAGGCCUCACAAUCAACCCUGUCAAACAUAGGAGGAGGGGAGAAAUCGGCCGCCCUGAGACUCUGGGAAUCAGAAAUGCAGCUUAAGUGCGCUUGACUCCCCCAACUAAGCAGGUAGCAAACACAUCUUUGCAACCUGUUCACAUCUCAGGCACUUGAUUAACUUUCCCCAGCCAGAGGAUGAGGGGGAAGCAAUAGUGGGGUGAGAAGGCAGGCUGUCUAGUGAUCAGGAAGGUGUGAGAAUGAUGAGUUUGCAGAAGCAUUCAACCUUCCUGAAUGCUAGACAGUGUAUUAAGACAGAAGGACAAGGAGGCUGUGCUGUGUUAGGUGCUAUAGGUUCACUAUUAUUUCAAAUGGCAACAUACAAGGAGGAUAUAUUCUUUUCAGAGCAGGGGUGGGGAACCAUUUUUAGCUGGAGGGCCAGAUCACAUUGCGGCCACCCCACCUUCCCCAUUUGACACGAGGGCUGGGCUGAUAAUCUGUCAUUCACCUGAUGUCAUAUGACAUCAAGUGGAUUUGAGCCAGGCUGAAAGAAGCAUGGCUUGCAUUUGGCAGCAAAUGUAAAGAAAGCCAAAUGCAAGCCACACUUGCAAAGGGAACUACAGGGAGUCUUGCUUGGAAUGCAAUCCUGGCUGUUCUUUUGCAAGUGUGGCUUCCACAUGGUACUGUUUAAAUCUGGCACCAAAUUCAAGGGUCACUGAUUUUGGCAGACAUCAGAUGCACCUGAGUGAAUCUGAUCAUGUAUUCUAAGGCUCCUGAUUGUUCAUUUGCAGCCACGGCUUUACCUGUCCUGUGCCUGACGUCAUAUGACUUCAGACAAGUGGGCACGGCCCAGGGAAAGCUCAGAGGUCUGGUGGCUAGCUUGACUCAUGGGCUGGAGCAGGAACCCCCAAACUUCGGCCCUCCAGAUGUUUUGGACUACAAUUCCCAUCAUCCUUGACCACUGGUCCUGUUAACUAGGAAUCAUGGGAGUUGUAGGCCAAAACAUCUGGAGGGCCGCAGUUUGGGGAUGCCUGGGCUGGAGGGUUCCCAUCUAUAUGUUAGAGGAACUAUAAAUAGAAGCAAAGUGUGUGUGACAUUUUGUUGAGUUAAGCACACAUAUCAAUCUUGCCUCUGCACAGCCAUGUGAUAUGGCCAUUGCUGGUAUGUUUAAGAGAGAAAAGGCAAGUUUUUACUUUUGCAAACACUUAACUCUUUGCAUAGUCCUCAAUGGCAAAUCUGCAAUACAAAAUUGUGAUUGCCCCACAAUCAGGCUUUGCUCAGUUUUAUUUCAUUUAUUUUUGUGUGUGCAUUUUUCUGCAACUACUUUCUUCUAAAUAGCAUAAUUCAAUAGUUUGCUUUUUACAGUUUUGUACUGAACCUUUUGUUUUUCACUGAAUAAAAAUUCUCACUGUAA